AUGUUCUGUUACAGUCUCAAUGCAACGUCGUCUGCGUCAGCCAGCGCAAAUGCCAGCAGCUCGGUCAUCAUCAGCUUCCCGUCUUCGGCCUCGAGCUCUAGCUCGUUCUCGUUCUCCUCGCUGUCGACUAUCACGUCCUCUUCGGCGUCGUUCUCGAAGUUCACAGCUACUCCUUCCUUCGAGUCGCAGUUCUCCUAUGUGACGGAGAGCACGCUCAUCCUCGCGUCCCCCACGUCGACGUUUUCGUCGUCGUCGAUCCCGAACAAUUACACGGCUGUCAACAUCCUGUUCCAGAACACGUUGAACUGGGCGCUAGUAGCGAACAACACGGAGUCGUCUGGUCAGAUCUUUGAAUGGAUGCCGACACUCGUUGCCUCGUCGCUCGGUAUCUCCACCUUGGAUGUUAUGCAGUAUGCGUUGCAGGUGUACCAGCCGGAUACGUACACAGGGCCCGACGAUGCGUCGCAGCUCCUGACCCUCUGGGUUGCGUACGUUCCAACAAAUCAAGUGAGCAGCCUGGCCCAGCAGUUGAAGGACAAGAACUCGCAGUUCUACACCGGGUUCAACCCACCUUACAGCACCCUGGCUGCCCAAGUUGACGCCGCAUUCUCUGUGAACUCUGGCUCCGCCCCUCCUGCUGGUGGUUCAGGUGGAGGCGGCUCAUCCAACAACGGUGGUUCGUCGGGUUCGUCGGCCUCCAAGACCCGCGAAGACGCCAUCAUCGGCGUCGUCACUUCUCUGGGUGCGAUCACGUUGAUCAUUCUCGCGUUCCUCGUCGCGCGUGCUGUCAAGCAGCGCCGCGCGCUAGCACACCAGCGUCUGGCAGAGCCUAUUGAUCCCGGCUACGACGGUGCGCGGCCCGACGGUCAGGAGUUCGAUCGCGACAGCUUGGGCGGGCAGCGCCGGCGUAGCUUCUACUACGCCGCGGACUCCUUGCGCGGCUUCUCGGAGAUGUCCAACGCUGCUGCAGCUACCUAUGAAUCGAGCGCGGGCCCCGACGGUGGAAUGAGGGAGCGGAGGACUGUCGCGCCGGGGAUGAUCUCUACGCCUGUCUUGAGAGACAAUACCAUGAACUGGUAAUCGAGAACUUUCAGAGGACCCCAAUUUUUUGUCUUUCGUCUUCGGUAGAGGUUUGUGCUUGGUGGCUACUCCCGAGGACGACUAUAUACCAGUGCUCUAAAACGAUAUCGAUCUGGUUUUCCGUGUGCUUGGGUUUCCCGGUGUGUUGUUUGAAUGGUGUCGUGUGUGUACAGGGUGAAUCGCAGCGUGUCCGGGUAUCUGUCGUUUGCUUUUCUAUUGUUCGCGCUGCUUACCGUACUUCACGUGCACUGCUUUAGACUGGCUCGCCUAUUUAUUUGAUUGGACUUGCGCAGAACCUUUUCUCCUUCGUACUGCGGUGUCCGCUAAUUAGUAUUACUUUCCACGCGCAGGCAGCUCAUGUACAUAAUAUUUUUGAAGUUAUCUUACCGGUCACGUCAA